CUACAGAAAAAAUAGUAGAAAGAAAAGGAAAAAAAAUUACUUUAAAGAAAGAAAAAGAAGGGUCCCCGAAGAGAGGAUUUGAAACGGCGGAAGCAAAACCAGAGGAUCUAGGGUUACCUUGGAUCUCUCUGCAACCAUUUAUGGAUAGAGUUAUAAGUUUAUCUCUAGGUGUAUAUCGAUCAUCUCUUUCUUUGUCUUCGCUGGGGAAGGUACAAAUUUCAUACAGUUAGGGGGGAUGGGGAAGUUGAUUGAAAGGCCGCGAGGCUAGGGACGUUGACAUACUGUAUUGGUGUACCUAGGUUUUACUCGAUUGAAACCUGAAAUCGUUGAAUUUGAGACUUGUAAUUUAAGAUUUACUGAGAAUCGAAGCUGGAAAACAAGGAUUUUUGAGUGAUACAUGUUUUUUUGAUCUGUAAAUAUGCGAGGAUCGAACAAAUCGAAAAGGGUUUCUUGGGCAUCAGAUGUUAACCUUUGUCAGGUAAGGCUUUUCCUGUCUGAGGAAUCACCUUCACAAGUUGGGUCAGGUGCUCAAGAUCACCUCCAAGCAAAGACUUCAUGGGUGUCACAUCCAACUGGGGCAACUACGGAGGAUGUUUUGCCCCCUGGCUUUGAAGGAGCUAAUUCUGCAACUUGGCUUCAGAUUAAGUUGGCAGAUAUUCCUGUUAUUAAAUGGAAAUGUCCUCCUACAUUUUUGCUUGAAGCAAAUUGGCAAGUGGUUGCUGGAGAGGAAAGCAAACAGGUGGAAAUUGAAAAUCAGAGAGGAAUGAGAAUGCUUGAAGCAGUUUAUCCACGCCCAUCUGCAAUACCUCCAAACCCUUCAGUUUCAGCGGACGUUAAAAAUGAGUGUCACAAUGAUCAGCAAGCUGCUUUGAUACCCAUCACUCCCGUUGAAGAUGAGGAUGCAGCAUUAGAAACACCAUCUAAUUUCAUUGCACCCUUUGGUGUCUCUGUAAGCUCACAGCCUCCUCAGCUAUUGGCUCCAGGUAUUUCACCUCCUCAUUGCAGCAUGCCAGGUUUUUCAAAUGAGAAACCAACAACUGGAAUGGCCCUUAAUGUCGAGUCCAGUGUAGUAGCUGCUGCCUUUACAGCAAUUACUAAAGGCAAUGAACAAGGGAACAUGAUUGACCAUGACUUGCUAAUUAAAAUUCUUGGUGAUCCGAAGUUGAUUGAGAAAUUAAUUACGGAUUAUGGUCCUGCAUCCAGUGCUCAGAACUUUCUCAAGUCGGCAUUACCUUCAGUUCCUGCAUCUAACAUCCAAGCUCCUGCAACUUCAUCAGAUCCAUCUCCUGUCCACUUCAAUAGAACGGAGAACACAGCACCUUCAUUAACUUCUUCUUCAAGUGGAUCUUUUUACACUCAGCCUAAUGGGGCUGGGGUUGGAGCUCUUCCUAUUGCUCGGGCUCCUGUGCCUGGUGUUCCUCCAGUAUUAUCUCCACCCACCGUUGUACCUUCUCGGACGAAGGACGUUAACUAUUACAAGAACUUGAUUCAGCAACAUGGGGGAGAAAGACAAGAACGUGCUCAGCAAUUUGGUGGCCGUUAUAAUCACCAACCUGGAGCAAACCAAGAAUUAGUAAAUAACCCGAAAUCAAGAGAUUUGAGGCCCAAAAUAAUGAAGCCGUGUAUUUACUUUAAUAGUUCAAGGGGGUGCAGGAAUGGAGCCAAUUGUGCAUACCAGCAUGAUGCAUCAUCCCAGCAACGAGGCAAUGGCAUACCGGAGGUGCCAAAUGCAAAGAGAAUGAAAAUGGAUAGGGAGAUUAGCAGCUAGAUACACUCCAGCACUUGUGAAAGGCUUUGGUGCCUCAAAGCCUCUCCACUUCUUUUCUGGUUUGGUCGUUCUGCAGAUAGUUGAAUUUAAGUACUCAUUUCUUCCUUUUCCCUUUUUUGCCCUUCUUAUAUUUGCAUGAAUUAUUAAGCUUUACAUUAUGGGCAUUAGCCUUGUUAACAAUCAAUUGCGGAUUUUUGUCUUGUGAGGCCAUUUUGAUUUUGCCCCAUUUUUCCUUCAUUAAAUGCUCGGAGUUUAC